AUGACCGAAGAUCAAGAUGUUAAAGAUUCACAAUCUGAUUCAGGGAGCAAAACAUUUGUUAAUAAAACCAAGGACAAGAAAGCGAAACCACAUCGGCCGCUGACAAAAAUUAUACUACGCCGAUUGCCACCGACUAUGACAGAAGAAGCAUUUAUAGAACAAGUGUCUCCAAUACCUGAGCAUGACCAUUUCUAUUUUGCUAAACCUGAUAUCUCUCUAGGAAAUAAUGUAUAUUCGAGAGCUUACAUAAAUUUUGUUAAUGUCGAUGACAUUUAUAUAUUUAGAGACAAAUUUGAUGGAUAUGUAUUUUUGGAUGAGAAAGGUGUUGAAUAUGUUGGUAUUGUUGAGUAUGCUCCUUUCCAAAGAAUUCCAAAGAAGAAGAAGAAAAAGGAUCCCAAAUGUGGUACAAUUGAGAGUGAUCCUAUAUUCCAAGAGUUUAUAGAAAGCUUAAGCAAAGAUCAAGAAACUGAAAAUCAACCCAAAUUGGAAUACUCAUAUCCUGUAAAUGAUACAACAGACAAAAAAAUGCAAUCAACACCUUUACUGGAAUAUCUUGCUGCAAGAAAACAAGAUAAAAGAGGAAGAGAUGAACGUAGAAGACGAGAAAAUGACAAACGUAAAAUGAGAAUAGAAAGGAAAGGCAAAGAUCUCUCGAUAAAGGAAGAAGAUUCUGCGGACACGGAUGUUAAAAGGAUUAAGCCCAGGGAGGGUGAAAGGGAUAGGUCAGUGGGUGAACUUAAAGAGGAUGACUUUAAGGCGGACAAUAAAGAUGGAACAGUGUUUGAAUCUAAAACUUAUAAAGAUCAAAGGAAGCUUGGUCUUAACAAUGCACUUGACAAAAAGAAAAGGGUAGACAUUGAAAAGAAGGAUAACUUUAGCAAAGACGAUGAUGAAGAUGCUGACAAACUUAAAAAAGAAAGACGUGACAAAUUUAAAGAAUCUCCACGUGAACAAAAGAGUAAAAAGUAUAGUGACACUCGAAAAGAAAGAUUAAAGCAAGCUGAACUAGGAAAAUCCGAUAAACAAUCGGUAAUCAGCAAGAUAAUGUCUGCAGAGGGCAAAUCUAAGUCUCUAAACCAUGACGACAUUAAACCUUUCACUCAACUACCUCAAGUGAAGACUGAUGACCUGACAAAGAUGAUCGAAGAUAUGGACCGCAAAAUGAAAUUUGACGAUGGUCAGUCGGAAAGUAAAAAUCAAGAUAAAUCCGAAAAUGUAAAACAAGACUUAGAAAUAUCGAAAAUGAGGAGCAAUAGCUUAGAUUCUGGGGACAUGUCGAGUAAAGAAGAUUCGCCGUUGAAAAGGCAAAAGUCUUUGGAUGAUAGAAGUAAAUCUAGUGAUAGAGAGGAAUCUGAGGAGAAAGAAAAGAGUGAAAGCAGCGAACGUCGCAGUGAAAGAAGAAUAAGGAAUAAGGAUCGUCCCAGUCUAGUGAUAUACCAGCCGGGUAUGGGCAAAUUCAGUAAACAGCGUCUGGCGAAAGAAAAAGAAACAGUCCAAUCGCCCACAGGAAAAUCUGUAAACGACAGCGAAAAGAAAGAUACU